AAGCCUCUUAAUAUUCUCUCCAUUUUAUUUAAAACUCUUCGUCCCCUUUUCCUGCCUUUCUCCAUUCCCUUGAGAGUUUCUUACCUCAUUUUUCUUUCCUUUUUUUUUCAUUUUUAUCUUUAUUUUUUGUCCUUCUGAAACUCAAGGGGGAAUGCUUCUCUCUUCCUUCCCCGAUCUCAAGAUUCAAAUAAAGAAUGGAGAAACAUAAAGGCUCAUCGAUGUAUUCUAAAGAAUGUUGGGUUUGGCAGUUUCAAUUGGUGGUACAAGAUUAGUGUAGCCUCAUUUAAUGGAUACACAUUCCCUCGCAGCAGCAUCGUAAUCUUUUUUCGCUUUUGGGUUGUUGUCGCUAUUAUUUUUUGCACAUUUUUUCAUAUUGGGUGGGAACUCAUGGAGAGUUACAUCAUGUGCAGAAAUUAGAUACUGAAUGGAUUGGAAGAAAAUGAUCAGGCAUCUCUUGUUAGUUUGCUUGCUGAUCCAUUGCACUAUAGCUGAUCCAAAAGGUGGUAAGCCUGCAGUUCCUCCUUCUCUUCCUAAGCGAACAUGGUUGACUCUACAUGGUGAUGAACCAGUUGUAGUUGCGAAUGGGGGAUUUUCGGGACUUUACCCCCCGCAAUCAGAUUUAGCAUUCAGUCAAUCAAUUGUAUUUGGAAAGGGUGGUACUGUCUUGCUAUGUGAUCUCCAUAUGAGUCGCGAUGGACAGAGCUUUUGUCUCUCACAGUUAAACCUCCAGAAUACAACAACUGCAGCUGAUGCUUUUCCAAAUCGUAGAAAAACCUACAUUGUUAAUGGAAAAGAACUUCAAGGAUGGUUUGCAUUGGACUUCACGAGUGAUGAGAUGCUUAGUAAAUUGAUUGUGACACAAUCAAUAUUCAGCAGAACAGAUUUAUUUGAUUUUUCAUCACCAUAUCCAACUGAACUAUUUUUAGAAGAAAACAGGAACGCUGUAGUGUGGAUCAAUGCCGAGUACGCGACAUUCUACAACCAGCACAAACUAAGUUUAGUGGAUGAUAUUAAAAAGCUCCUGGAGAUAAAGAAGGAUAUCUCUUACAUAUCGUCUCCAGAGAUUGAUUUCUUGAAAAGCGUGGGACCAAUUGUCCGCGGUCUCAAAACGAAGCUAAUUUUCAAGUUUCCCACUGAUAGAAAUGCAGUUGAAACCACAACAAAUGAACCAUAUGCUUCAUUAUUAACAAAGUUACCCAUGAUCAAGACAUUCGCUGCGGGAAUCGUUGUGCCAAGAGAGUACAUAUGGCCCGUCAAUAAAGCUCGCUAUUUAGAGCCUAGUACCAAUUUAGUAGCUGAAGCUCAUAAACAAGGUCUUGAAGUUUUUGCAUAUGGAUUCGCAAAUGAUAACCUUUUGCCUUACAAUUACAGUUAUGAUCCGCAAAGAGAAUAUCUACAAUUCGUUGACAACUCCAAGUUUGCUGUUGACGGUGUAGUCACAGACUUCGCUACGUCUGCAUCAAUGGCCAUUGCUUGCUUGGCAGGGAGUCGGAACGCUUCAAGGAAAGUCCCUACUCUGAUUAUUUCGGCAAAUGGAGCCAAUGGAGACUAUCCAGGAUCAACAGAUCUUGCCUAUCAAAAAGCAGUAGAUGAUGGUGCUGACAUAAUCGAUUGUUCUGUCCAGAUGACAAAAGAUGCAGUUGCAUUCUGCUUGCCUUCAGUUGACCUCAUCCCAACAACCACUGCUUCCGGACCUUUCAUGAGUCGAGCGGCUAAGGUGGAUGCAAUUCAAUCCUCUAUGGGAAUUUUCUCUUUCGAUUUUACAUGGGAUGAAAUUCAGUCAUUAAAACCUCAAAUGUUCAGUGAAUUUAAUGGAGAUUUGGCAAGGGAUCCAGCACGCAAGAAUGUGGGCAAGUUUGUAACUCUAUCUGAUUUCUUGGAAUUCGCUAAGGAAAAGGCAGUUCCUGGAGUUCUGAUCAACAUAGAAAAUGCUGCCUACCUUGCAGCCAACAAGGGUCUUGACAUUGUGGGUGUCGUCACGACUGCUUUGAGCAAUGCCACACUUGAUAAGCAGUCGACUCAGAAGGUUCUGAUCAUGUCAGGUGAAAGUUCAGUGUUGGACAAAUUCAAGGAUAUCCCCGCUUACCAAAAAGUACUUCACAUUAAGAAGCAGGUGGAAUUUGUAACCAAUGAGACAGCAUUGGAAAUCAAGAAGCACGCAGAUGCGGUGUUUUUACAUAAGCACUCCUUAUACACACAAUUUCGAGGAGAGGGUUUCAGUUUGAACUUCACCAACCUUAUCGAAUGUAUGCAUUGGGCCAAUAUUAGUGUCUAUGCUGGAACUGUUCUAAAUGAAUUCCAAGAUAUUUACAUGGAUUAUAGCUCUGAUCCUUAUAUGCUGAUCCAUAACCUUAUUUACUAUGGUGCGGAUGGAAUCAUAACCCAGUACCCAAGCACUGCAAAUGCAUACAGUAGAAACUUGUGCACUGGGGAUCCAAUGGCGUAUAGGAUACAAGACAUAAAUCCAGGGGAUAUCAUAACAUUUGCACUUGAUCCAAAAGAAGUAGCAGAGUACAAGCCUCCGCCUCCAGUGCACUUGGAGACUAAGGACUUUGUUACUCCACCACUUCCUCCUGUAGCUGUAAUUGCCAAGGAUGAUGGAGGUUCUGCUUCCAACUCCACCUCAAACAACACCAACACCAACACUAACACCAAUGCUCCUCCUUCACCUCCUCCUGCACAACCCCAAGCUCCAAGCAGCGCAACUGCUGCCACAAUUAAUGUUGUUGCUCUCUUCUUUGCAACUAUGUUUGGACUACUUACUUUGUUCUAAGGAUCUACUGGUAAAAUGAGAAUGUUUAUAAACAGUUAAGAUAUACAGUUUUUAACAACAAUUAAUAGCAUAUACUUAUUUCAGUA